GGGGGCGCCGGGGGCCAGCCGCGCGAGAGAGGCCCAUUGUUUUACGGGGUAUAUAAGAUGUCUGAGGCCAGUCGUGUGCCACACUCGUUGCUCACACGACUUGAUAGCGGCAGAGAUCACUUCAGAGACAAGAGGGGUCGCGUGUCCCGCCCGUCGCUUUUCUCCCCGCCGGGAUCUCCGAGGAGAGACCUCGUCGGCGCUCUCGCCGUCCUCCCGCUGCACUCGGGGGCUGGGCGCGCGUGGAUGUGCGGACGGCCGCCCUGAGCAAGAUGUCCUCGGCCCUGGAGACCAGUUACUCUGACCUGGAGAGCAGCAGCGACGUGCCCUUUUGCCUCACGGACGACGAAGGCAGCCUCAGCGGCCUACAGGCCCCUUCCCUGGCCACCCCCAAACAUCUCGCUUCCCCAGAGCGCAGCCUCGAGAAGGGCGAGGAAGAGAAGGACCGGAAGAGGCGGAGGGGGCGCUCCAAGGUCAAGAACGAAGCUGUCCUGCACACUAUCAAGAAGACCAGGCGGGUCAAGGCAAAUGACCGGGAGAGGAACCGCAUGCACAACCUCAACGCGGCCCUGGACGAGCUCAGGAGCGUCCUGCCCACCUUCCCUGACGACACCAAGCUGACCAAGAUAGAGACCUUGCGCUUUGCCCACAACUACAUCUGGGCCCUCUCUGAGACUCUGAGGCUGGCUGAUCAGCGCCUCCAGAAACCUUCCAAAGAGAUGGUCCUGCCCAGCUUCUUGAGCUCCACAGACCCGCCCAGCCCUGGCAGUGACGCAGGCUCCUGGAUAUCCACUGCCUCUCCAGCCACCUCUUCCCUCUCUGCCUGCACUUCAAGCCCUGGCAGCCCGGCCACCUCGGAAGACUGUUGUUAUGGGCAUACGGAGAACCUCUUCUCCUUCCGCUGCCUCCGUAAAGACUUGUUGCAGAGUACUUCUUGCUUUGUGCAGUACCACUAG